ACUCCAUGCUACACAAGGUUGAGUCAAUACUACACCUACACAACGGCUAGCAAAUCUGUGCGCCCACCCAACACUUGGCUAGUUCUACACACCGUCACUGGGGUAGUUUCGUAAGCUGGUGUUUGCUCCAAGAAUCUUUCGUGCCUCAUUGUUUUUAACUAGUCUGAAAGUCAUGGCUGUUACACGAUACAUAGCUGGGUUGCUUCUGGUUGCACUGGUUGUUAACGGACAGGAACUUGGAGACUUCCAGGAACCUUUGUCGCUGGGCGCAUCUUUGCAGCAGAUUCAUCCAUUCAUGGGAAAAUUGAUGAACUCCAACUUCCCUUGCGAAUUCUGUGAAGAAUUUUUCGACUUCCUCUUGAACGUCACAACAAGCAAAGAUACCUUGGAUGGCAUCGAGCAGCUGUUGUUAACCGUGUGUGAAUGGGCACCUUUUGUUCUCUACCAAGAUUGCCGCAACUUUGUGAAACAGGUCCCGAGCAUUGUGGAUAUGUUGGCGAAACAAUAUCUUAAUGGUUCCGAAAACUGUGCUCCUCUCUGUAACAAGAUCGGAGAAGGUAACCGCAUGCAAGAUGCGAUGAACUUCAUGAAAUUGAUGAACGCCAUGCCGAUGAAGCGCCCCGAGCAAAGGCCUUAGAGUUGAUCGGUCUAUCCGUCGCGGGUGCAUCGAGAGAGGGCGGCAGAGAGGGUGACCAUUUUGAAGACAAGUGGGCAAGUUUUAGGAGGUAAUCCGAAAUUUUCAACAUUUGUAAAUAUAGUACGGAAGUACCAUUUUUCAAAGACUCCAUGUCCUGUUUCAGUCAUCAGUUGUCCUACUGAUUUGUCCGUUCAUUCAUCAGAACAAAUAUUUCUGAAAAAGUUACAUACACUGGGAAAAACUGGAGUGUGAAACUGACACCAUUUGUGUUGUCAUAAUAAUAUAUUUAAAAAAAUCUACAUUUUCAACAUGGUGUUAAAAUAACACUAAAUUUGUCCAACACGAUGACACUGGUGUUAUUUCAGCACCAUGGCUCUCUUUUGAGUGCCAUAUGAACACCCCCAGUUUGCAAUGUAAUUUCAGUGAAGUACUCACUGUAUUGUAUUUUAUAUACAAUGUUGAACGUUUUGGGUAUACUCCUAAGCUUGUCCAUGACGGUUAACGCUUCUAGUAAGAUAAUUAAUUAAUAGCUAAGGAUACUUUUUAUCUGAUCAUAAUCCAGUGAUUUUAAUGGUAUCUCUUUUAAUGCGGCUUUUUUAAUCUGAUUUUGGUUAAGGUUUUAUUUGGGCUGGUGUGGAUGGCAGGAAACUUGUUUCGGGUUGGGGUGUGGGUGGCCAUUACUUGAAAGUCAAAUACAGUUCGGGUGUCAUGCUUCCCAGUUUGUUUAAGAUUUGUUGCAUUAGCAUGUCAAAGACGGCGUAUACUCUAACUAAUUGUCAAAGAUCAUCAACUUCACCUGGUGUAUCCCACCGUUUGCAUACAAUAACAAGACUUGUGAACACUUUUGUGAAGAAUGUGCAAACAUGAAAGAAAAACGAACGUUGUUGCAUAAUGGUGUGCGUUCAUACUCUGGGGUAAACAAAAUUUCUUUCCCCCAAAUCUACUUGACUUCAAGGAGUAAUAUUUUAAAGCAGCUCACCACUGCUCUUUGCGUAUAGUAAAUGUGCAUGGUCAUAAUUUGUUUGAGUUACAACCAAAGGUAUACCCACCAAGAGUUGCAUCAUAUGCAAUACGUUUUUUUUCAUAAACUGAAAAUAACGACACCACCAGUUACAUAUACACACAACUCUCUUUUAAUGAUUACAUAUUACUCCUUUCUUUAUAUAAAAAACAUAAAUGUUAUUAAAGAUUAAUACUAUUCUUUAUCAUCUUAAACGGAAGUCGGUGAAAAUGCGUGAAUCAUUACUGUCCUGCUUUGUAGCGCAGAUAAAUAUUGGUCUAGAACACUUUCGAAAAGAUUGCAAUUUAGUUCUUGCAGCAUAAUGCAAAUAUUUUAAUAUGUGUGUUUGAUUGAACAACGCGGUUAUUAAACACUUAUAAUGCCUAUAAAGAU